AUGGUCAGUACCGAUUUCCCCUUCAGAUCCCGCUUGACGUUCCAGACCCGGCCGAGGUCGACCGCUUCGCACCGUAUGCUAACCGUUUGCAACCUCCUGUCCGACCCGCACCCGCACCGCUCACAAUGCAGUCGCUCACCAUCAAAAGCAUCAAAUCCCUUGCCCCCUUGCUGGACCGCGUCUUGAUCCAACGUGCCAAAGUAGUCGAGGUAAGACCAUGCAUGCCCCUCUACUCUCCAUCCUGUGCUCAUCUCCCUAUCCGUCUAAACCCCCGUUCCUCGCCUGAACGCCUACCAGAAAACCGCGUCGGGUCUGUUCCUCCCCUCGGCAGCCAACAGUUCUCCCCCACCUGAAGGUCUCGUGCUCGCCGUCGGUCCCGGUGCACCAGGGAGGGAUGGCCAGAUCGUACCCGUCUCCGUCAAGGCCGGCGAUCGAGUCGUCCUUCCCGCGUUCGGUGGCAUCGGCGUCAAAGUUGGAGAUGAGGUGAGCUUUAUCGAAAUAUCUACCUGCAUCUGCAACGGUAGUGCUGACUACACCAUCAUUCGCUCAUUCAGGAAUACCAACUUUUCCGCGACUCCGAGAUCCUCGCCAAGUUGAACGAGUGA